CGUUCACUCUUCCGCCUUGAAUGCAUAAUUUCCUUUGUCAAUCAAAGACAAAAAUUAAUUAGUGACUUGUUCUUUCUCUCUCUCCUCCCAUCUCUUUCUCUCUCCUCUUUUACACACUAGAUUUCUUGUAUAUUUGUUCCCAACUCUCUGCAAGAUCAACGAAUAAACUUCACUUUCAUCCUCAAUCACCAGUCAAAAUCAUCUAUUUCUACCCUUUGAUUUGUCAAAUUCCAAGCCUACCCAGGAGUGUUGGUAGGUUUGUAAUUUCAUGAGGAUUUAGCUGGAUACUCAUUGAAGAUUCGUGAACAGAGAGGCAUGGAUAAAGCUCCUCAGGAUUGCCCUUACCCUGGAUGCUUUUUCUGUGUGAUGAAGGAGGGAAACCCAAACAAGCGUAGAGCUAGCAUCCACAAAUUUUUUAGAGAACUUCCUUCGCAGGAUGAUGAUGGUCAGGUUCUUCCUAUUAGUGGCCUUUGGAACACUGCCAUGGCACAUCCCAAUGAUCCUGAAUUCAUUGAAUUGGGAAUUUUCGAAUGCAUGGCUGCUUUGAUAUGGAAAGGCCUAAAAAAUCGUCGUUGGCUUUCACAUGAUCAGAAUAUAUACAUUCCUUACUAUGCUGCUCAUAUAAUUGGUUCAUAUACUAUGAACAUGGAGGAAUUUGCCGAAUCUGCUGUUCAUGCUGGAGUAAUCCCUCCUUUAGUUGAGCUUCUGAGAGGGAGACUAACUUGGGUUGAACAAAGGGUGGCAGUUCGCGCUCUUGGACACUUGGCAACUUAUGCUAGUACUUUUCCUUCCAUAGCAAGUCAUGGUGAAAUUCUUGAGCUAUCUAUUCAACUAGCAAUGAGCUGCUUAGAAAUUGUAUAUACACAUUUUUAUCAAUACGUUGACAGAAGACUUAGCUAUCAUUGUGAUUUGCUCACACGUGGCAUGGGAGGUGUUGAGAUGGAGUCUAGAAAAGCAGAGGAAUGGGCAAGUCAAUUGCAAUGCUGGUCCCUUCAACUGAUAAAUUGUUUUGCAUUCAAACCUGAGUUCCUUCCUACAAUAUGCAAGCCUGAGUUCCUCUCUAAACUUCCAGGCAUGUGGGGUGGACUUGUCAAUGAAAAUUCGCCAGCAGGGAUAGGUUUGUUGCGGACCAUUUGUCACCAUAAACUUGGCCGGGGACCUGUUGCUAACUGUUCUGGAGUUGUUGAAGCACUUUGCAAUAUUGCGCGUUCUUCAGAUGAUUGGCAGUAUAUGGCUGUUGACUGUCUUCUGUGGUUGCUUCAAGAUACAAGUACUUGUCAUAAGGUUUUUGAGAAGGCUGUGCCUGCUUUACUGGAUCUCUCAGAGAUCUCAAGCCUUGGGGAUAACAAAAAGUUGGGAGAUUCCAUUGUUGAUGUUCUUCCUGAAUGUGUUGUUCAUUUCACAUCAGCAGCGGGCUGCAACUCUCUGAGUGACAACAUAAAGGAACAAAUUGAGGAGGUUCUGAGUGCCAGGCAGAAAUUGAAAAUGGAAAAGAACAUGCCGAAAGAGGACUUGCAUAUUAAACAAGCAGCUGCAUUGGUGGUCAAGCUCGAAGGAAAUUCUUUAUUCUCUGCUGGAAACAUCGCUGGAGCUGCAGCUAAAUAUUCAGAAGCUUUGUCAUUAUGUCCAAUGAGAUCCAAGAAAGAGAGAGUUGUCUUAUACAGUAAUCGAGCUCAAUGCCAUCUGCUCCUGCAGCAACCAUUGGCUGCUAUAAGUGAUGCUACUCGUGCUCUUUGUUUGCAUAACCCCGUCAAUCGCCAUGCUAAAAGCCUGUGGAGAAGAGCUCAAGCCUAUGACAUGCUAGGUUUUGCUAAAGAGAGCUUAUUAGAUGCCAUUCUAUUUAUUAACGAAUGCUGUCAAUCAAAUGAUCCUGAUCUCUCGUUGAGACAAAAUAAGGUUCCUGACUAUGCUGAGCGCUUAGUGAAAAAGCAGAUGCGUGCAGCUUGGUUAUUUAGAGAAGCAGCAAUAAAGCAUGGAGGUGUUCAUGGGGAAGCUGGUGGUGGUGAUGGUUCUGGUCAAGACACCGAUGAUUCUGAAUGGGAAACUGCCAGUGAAAGUGAUAUAGGAGACGAUGACAAGCAUGGAAGAGAAGAUUGUGACUGGAAGAAUGAAGAACAACGGAAAAGCAAAUAUGAUAAAGCUUCUUUAAAAGAGUUGAGCUGAUGACAAUGCAAGUACUCUAAUUCAGGAUAUUUCCAGUUUUGCAGUUCUUGGGACUAAGGCACUUACCAGUAAUUUAAUAACCCUGCUGAAAGACGUAGUCAUCAUUGAGUCUGUUGUUUGACAACGUAAUGUUGAAAGUCCGAUUAUGAAAGAAAAUGGUCCUACGUCUUGCUUACUUCGAACAUCAGCCGCCCCCACAGGUUUCCUACUGUUGGAAGGUGCAAGAGAGUACAGAUUCACUUUAUUUAGAUGUAAAACUUGUGUCACAGCUGCAUUUUUUUCCCUUGUCAUUUUCCAGAUUGCUAGACAGUUAUGCUCCUGCUGGUAAAACCAAGUUUGGGAUCAUUUGUGUGAAGAAUAUUUAGACUAAGUGAUUGCGUAGCUCAAAAAGAGCCCUUUUUCCUUGUUCUUCUCAUUUUCUUCGCGUUUCAUAUUAAUCUUAUUGCUGUAACUUUUAAGAAUAUUGUAUAUAAACCCUCCUGUUGAGUGUUUGUUUGCCUAUGAAUGCAAGAGUCGGUUUUUCCAUUUUAGUAAUUUUCCAUUUUCCCAGUAAUAGUUGGUGGGACUAUUUUAUUUAUAAAUAUGAGAUGUGACUGUUGUGGGACCAUAAGUUGCAUCAAAAAAAAGCUCAUUUCAAAUUAGUUGCAACAUAAUAAAAUAAUACUCCCUAUUCAGCUGAAUUGUCCUAUUUGACUUUUCACACUUGCCGAGGCAACAUUUUAACUCUUAAUAUCUCAAAUUAUGCUUAAUUAAAAAUUAUAAAAAGUUGAUAUUAAUAAUCCUUGUA